UCCUAGUCGUGUUUACAGAUUUGCAGUGAGUUCGUAACGUCACGUCAAAACUGCACCACGAAUUUCUACUACGAUUUACUAUGCAAAGGUGCGUUUUUUGUUGACCGGUGCAACGCGGCAUUUAUGGAACAUUGCAUAUCAAUCCUUGUUCUAUUUAGAAAGAAUUUCGAGCGGGAUAGCGUGAUUUUCCAGUCUUUACUUAGCUUGGCAGUACCAAUCGUUAGGAUCGUCGCCAUUUUGUCCGGAACAGGCCCGGUCUGGCGCACCGACCGAAAAAUAGCCGCAAGUUCCAUAAACAUCGCCCGAAUUUAAGCAAAUCUCUCGCCAAAAUCUUUUGCCUUUCUACGACGGUUAUCUGGAUAUGUUGAUGUGACUAUCGAAGGAUUCCUCCUAUGACAAGAGCAGCGGUUAUCGCGACGGGGUGUGUGGUUCGUGGAUUCCCAGACUAUUCGAUCGACAGGUGCGGACGUUCCAAUUUUCAAGCUCUGCCACUAAGGAUUCCUUCGAUUUCCAAGAUAAUGUAGAUAUAAGUUAGUGGAACCAGGCCUUUAGGAUAUAAUUGUAUUUAAUGCCAGUGAAUGUGCUGGAUACUUGUCAUAACGCUACUGAAACUAGAACAGGAGAUUUUGAGACAGUUGGAGAAUAGAAGAGGUGCGCCAGAAUGACGAUUGCUACUAGGGGCCAGGGAGUUGGCAUAGAUCCUCCCGAGAGCCAACAAAAUACUCAGAUACAUAGUCCGGCAGGACCACAGCAGUUAGCGGAUACGAUGUCGGGGUUACAAUUGACGGAAAACGUGGUACAAACAGAGUGCACAGAGGGGUCAAAUUCGGAAGAGAGUAACCAUAUUCAUCUCCAUCAGCAGCAACAGCCACAGCAGCAACAACAACAACACGGAGAACCAGAUUUUCCGCAUGCAAAGUUGGCUGUGCUUGACGAGAAGAUUUCAAGCCCGCGCUGGAUCGUCCCCGUCCUUCCUGAACAGGAACUUGAGUGUCUGCUACAGGCUAGCAUCGAUCUCUGUAGAAAAGGACUCGAUGUACAGAGCGAAGCAUGUCAACGGUUUUUUCGGGAAGGCCUCACAAUAUCCUUUACGAAGAUAUUGACGGAUGAUGCUGUCAACAGUUGGAAGUUCAACAUCCACAAUUGCAUAAAUGCCAAUUGCGAACGACUCGUUGAGCUCUGCGUACUCAAACUGCACGAUGACUGGUUUCCUUUGCUUGAUCUCCUUGCUAUGGUUUUCAAUCCGAAUAACAAAUUUCACACAUUUAACGCGACAAAGGUAUCUGAGACGGUGCCUCCAGGUAGUAAUAUUCCCGAUGAAGAACUUUAUGCCAGACCACCACCAGAUUCCAGAAGUCCUCGAGGAUGGCUGGUGGAUCUUAUUAACAGGUUUGGGAGUCUGAACGGCUUCGAGAUUUUACUCUCGAGAUUUCAGAGCGGACGCAAUCUAACAGUGCCAGUUAUUUACGCGUUGCUCAGACCCUUUGGAUUGUGCUAUGAGUACUUGACCGUUCACACGAUAGUCAAGUACCUUAUGUCGAUAGUGGAAAUGGUACCAGUGAUCCUAGACAACUUAACGGAUGAAGAACUGAAGAAGGAAGCAAAAAACGAAUCGAAAAAUGAUGCAAUUUCAGCGAUAAUCAAAGCUACGAAGUGUUUGGUUUCACCAGUGCCACAUCAAGAAGAAACAAUAAAGAACCUCGAAAUUUUAAGGUUAAAGAUGAUACUUAAACUUUUACAAAUAUCGUCAUUCAAUGGCAAAAUGAACGCUCUUAAUGAAGUGAACAAAGUCAUCGCCAGCGUUAGCUACUAUCCACAUAGAAAUCCGAGCUUAGAAGAAGAGGAAUGGCUCACUGCGGAACGUAUGGCUAAAUGGAUCAAAGAUAACGGUGUUCUGGAAAUCGUUCUUCGAGAUUCGUUGCACCAACCUCAAUAUGUCGAGAAGCUAGAGAAGAUUUUACGAUUCAUAAUUAAAGAGCGAGCAUUAACUUUGGAUGAUUUGGAUGCUGUAUGGGCUGCGCAGGCUGGUAAACACGAAGCCAUUGUUAAGAAUGUUCAUGACCUUCUCGCAAAACUCGCCUGGGAUUUUAGUCCAGAACAGUUGGACCAUCUAUUUGAAUGCUUUCAGUCAAAUUGGAAGACUGCAAACAAGAAGCAAAGAGAAAAACUGUUGGAGCUCAUUCGGAGACUUGCAGAGGAUGACAAGGAUGGUGUAAUGGCUCAUAAGGUUCUUACUCUUUUCUGGAAUUUGGCGCACUCGGAUGAGGUGCCAACAGAAAUAAUGGAUCAGGCGUUAAAUGCCCAUGUAAAAAUCCUAGACUAUUCAUGUUCGCAAGAACGGGAUGCUCAAAAGACGAUCUGGUUGGAUAAAUGCGUUGAAGAAUUAAAAAAUGAUGACAAAUGGGCCCUUCCGGCUUUAAAACAAAUUCGCGAAAUUUGUUGUUUAUACGAACCAAAUCCAAACAUGGGGCACAGCCAAAGGAGUCAUCACGUGUAUUACAGGCAAGAAGUAAUAGAACGGUUACAAGCUCAACAUUCGGUAGUGAUCCUAGUCACGAAUAGUCUGACUAAUUACAUGGACAAACUGCGACAGUUGGUCAAAGAGAAUCCCGAUAUUGAUGCAAAUACAUUUAUGCCUGAUCGUCGGUAUAAUCACAUUAUGCAAGUUCAAGAGAGACUUAACUUUCUCAGGUUUCUCUUAAAGGAUGGCCAAUUGUGGUUGUGUGCUGACCAGGCGAAGCGAAUUUGGCAAUGCCUCGCAGAACAGGCAGUUUUUGUUUCGGACCGUGAAGCUUGUUUUAAGUGGUUUUCAAAACUAAUGGGAGAAGAGCCUGAUUUGGAUCCAGCAAUUAACAAAGAUUUCUUUGAGAAUAAUAUACUCCAGCUUGAUCCAACCUUACUUACUGAAAGUGGAAUUAAGUGUUAUGAAAGAUUUUUUAAGGCUGUCAAUUCAAAAGAAGGAAAACUCAAAUUGAAGCGAAGAACUUUUCUCAUGGAUGAUGUCGAACUUAUCGGGACCGACUAUCUAUGGAGGGUGGUAACAAACGGCCCCGAAGAGAUUGCUAGUCGCGGUAUCGAACUGCUGAAAGAAGUUAACACGAAUCUUGGGCCACGAUUACAAAGCACAGUCCUCGUGUUUCAUGCAACUUACAUCGACGAGUGCAUCGACAGACUGAGAGCGCACUUUGAUACCGUUUCCGUGCUUAGCAAGGUUUACUUGGACAGUAAGGAGGAUCGGGAGGACCAAAUGGCCAAUAAAAUUCGAACGGAGGCUGUUAAGAUGUGUCGAGUCAUGAAGGUUCUUCAGGAAUAUAUUAACGAAUGCGACACUGCCUUUCCUGGGGAACGAAAAAUCCUUCCAUUACACAGAGCAGCUCGAGGCAAGCACCUGUCGUUAGUGAUCCGAUUCGCAAGUCCAGGACGCAAUGUAGAUGAUAUUGACAUCUUUACACACAGUAACGAUACGUUGGCCUCGUUGCGUAGACAGAUUCUUCGUAGAAUCAAAGCCAGCGGCACGAACGUCAAACUCGAUCUUUUUAUUAAUGGCGAAUCUUUGGAACAGGCAGAUGAUCGUAAACUACUGUCACAGAUUCCUUUGCGUGAUAAGAUGCUAUUAUCGGCAAAACUCAGUCAGGCGAACAGCAAUAUGCCAAGUUCACCGGACAGCAGUUCCGAUAGUUCGACAAGUUCACCACAGCAUCCGUACGAUGGGCCAAAUUUAGAAGCUGAAAACAGUUUGCCAGGAGUGGUUAUGUCGCAACGCUCGGAGUAUACAAAUUUCUUCUUUCAAUUGGCCGAUCUUGGCUGCAACCUCCAGCAUCCGCAACUGCGCGAUGGAGCUCGAAACUUAUUGCAACUUGUACCGCCUGACACUUUGACUGUAACAAGAUUGCAAUGGCUUUUCGGUCAUUGGCGAGACGAUGAACCUUCCCAAAGCCCUGUUUGCAAUGAACAAAAUACCAGUGUUGAUACACUUUUCUUUACGGCCAGUCCUAGCCAGGUGUUAUACAACUUGGAGGUUUUAUAUACAUUGCUAAUGCCAGCGCUGGAUCCAAUGUCAGAUCGUGCAUUCGAAUUUCAACAUAAUUUCAUAAAAAGUGGCGAAGCAGGCGUCAUCUUGGACAUGCUAACGAAAAAUAAAUUCCUACCAAACGCGGACGAGUCAACAAAACGUUCUGCAUACUUGACUGUUUUGAAACUCUGCAAGCUUCUCUUAACCAUAGUGGGAAAUGUAAUGGCGUGCGUGAUGGACGAGGUGCAGCAACAGUCUGGAUCUGUUCCAGAGAAUCACGACAAUCAUUUGCACAACAAUCGUGGGCCAGUUGCUAUUCUGAAACAAGCCUUGCAUAGUGUACCGAAUCAGAAUACCGAAUACAUGCUGCGUAGCGUAGCAGCUAAACUUGCUCAGUAUCUGGCAAAUCAAAUGCUGUCCGGAGGAUCCGAAUCAGAUCGGUGUAGACAAUUGUUUGUUCAAGCUCUCUCGUGGGAGCUACCUGAUAUGGCCACUAUAAGAGCCAUUAUCAGACUCGCUUGGGCUGCUUCGUCUGGAAAUCUUAAUAACGUCAACGCAUCCGCCGAUCUUUUACAUACUGUUCAUGAAAUCAACCAGAAAGAACACCGUGUUCCAGAUAAUGAUGAUGUCUUGGUUUGCAAGGAAGCCCUGGAAGUUUUAACCAUAGCCUUGGUUUUAAAUCCUACUGCUCUGGAGUCGCUUACAAGGGAUAAAAUAUGGCACACCUUCUUCAUAGACCUUGUACUUCUUAGUACGGCUAGAGCAGUACGAAUUGCCGCAGCCGAACAAUUUCUCUUGAUCUCCACGUGGUGCAGCAGCGGACAUCAACCGCUGCAGUUUUCUAUUACAUUGCUCUUUACGGUUCUUAAUACAACUGUUAUGGAAAAUGCGAAGCAAAGUCAUGAAUAUUUUCAGCUUCUAUGCAGAUUACUAAACUUCGCUCAUAUUUCGGGUUGUCCUCUGUCCACUGCGGAAACACUUUUGAACAUCGAGAUUGCGUGGCUCAAAAAGGUUCGGGAUAACGUUGCUGAAAGCGGCGAGGUACAAGUAGAAGAAGCUGUCCUCGAGGGUCACCUCGGACUUACCAAAGAACUUUUAGCAUUUCUUCCUUCUAGUAAGAAGUACGAACUCGGCUCGGACGAGAAACGUGGAGUCAAUCUCAUUAAAGAGUUGGUCCAGGACUUUGUUUUUUCUGCUUCACGGCUUAUGCUACAAUUACGCAGUACAGGUGAACUGAGUUCAUCUCAAGCAUGCCCAGUCUGCACAACGCCACAGUCGACCAGCGCAGCCUUUGAUUUAUUAGUUGGUUUAUGUGUGGGAUGCGUGCCAAAUAUGAAAUUGUUAGUGACGAUGCUGACCGACAUGUUCUACUCGGAACGUGACGAGCCACUAUUGGAGUGGGAUUACUUACCACCGGUUGGACCGCGCCCUAUGAAAGGCUUCGUCGGUUUAAAAAAUGCUGGCGCUACUUGUUACAUGAACUCCGUACUCCAACAACUCUAUAUGGUUGAGAGCAUUAGAGUUGGCCUAUUGGCUGCCGAAGGUGCCGCUACUGAUCUCAACGAAGACUUUUCUGGUGAGGAAAGAGCCGACGGCGAGCAGACCAUUGAGGCCAACGAUAAUGACUCGAAUGAGGAAAAAUGUGGCGCUGAUGAGUCACGUAAGGAGUACAAUAUAGGAAUUUUGAAACAGGUCCAAGCUAUCUUCGGGCACCUUGCUUACAGUAAAUUACAAUAUUACAUACCUCGAGGACUCUGGAAACACUUCAAGCUUCAAGGGGAACCUGUUAAUCUAAGGGAACAACAGGAUGCUGUAGAGUUCUUCAUGAGUCUCGUAGAAAGUCUGGAUGAAGCAUUGAAGGCACUUGGGCACGAGCAAAUAAUGGGGAAGAUAUUAGGUGGCUCUUACAGCGACCAGAAGAUCUGCAAAGGUUGCCCACAUAGGUACUCCAAGGAGGAGCCGUUCAGCGUUAUCAGCGUGGACAUUCGCAACCACAGCAAUCUCCUCGAUUCGCUCGAGCAAUACGUCAAGGGAGAGUUACUUGAGGGUGCCGACGCCUACCAUUGUGACAAGUGCAACAAAAAGGUCGUGACGGUGAAGCGGCUCUGCGUGAAGAAACUACCUCCAAUCCUGGCAAUACAAUUGAAGCGUUUUGAAUACGACUUUGAACGGGUCUGCGCUAUAAAAUUCAACGACUACUUUGAAUUCCCACGAGAUCUGGACAUGGAGCCCUACACAGUCUCAGGAUUAGCGAAACUCGAAGGAGAAGUAAUAGACUGCGACUUCGAGGAAGCAAACAAGGGAACGUGUACUAAGUAUCAGCUAAGCGGUAUCGUGGUUCACAGUGGACAGGCCAGCGGUGGCCAUUACUACUCCUACAUUUUACACAGGCAAAAUGACGGCACAGCAAAAUGGUACAAAUUCGAUGACGGUGACGUAACAGAAUGUAAAAUGGAGGAGGAGGAAGAAAUGAAAUCACAAUGUUUUGGUGGUGAUUACAUGGGUGAAGUAUUCGAUCACAUGUUGAAGCGGAUGAGUUACCGUCGUCAGAAACGUUGGUGGAACGCUUAUAUGCUUUUCUAUACACGAUUGGACGUUGAGGAAAAUUCGUUGAUGAAGAGCGUAAAUGAGCUUUCUCUCUACACAAAGCUCGGAGUGAUGAGGAUGCCACCGGCUAUAGAGUACAGCGUGCGUAAACAAAACAUAAAAUUCAUGCACAACCGCAACCAGUUCAGUGCCGAAUACUUCCAAUUUGUACGCAAACUCGUCUCCUGUAAUCCGCAUACUAUUAAUCGACAGAACCUUAAUGAGAAACUGGUACAGUACUUGCUGUCUCAAUUUAUCAGCCCAGAAGCUGAAGAAUUGGCCAUGCUGUCAGUACAAUUGGCUUCAAGGUUUCUCUUUUACACUGGUUUUCAUACCAAAAAAACACUUCGUGGAACAGCUACGGAUUGGUACGACAUUCUUUGUCAUCAUUUGCGUUGUAGCAAAGCAGUUCGCUCGUGGUUCGCCCACAACGUUCUUUUCAAUAAUCCACACAGAUUUUGUGAAUACUUAUUGAGUUGCCCCAGCACAGAAGUCAGAACCGCCUUCUUAAAAAUACUGGUGUUCCUAGCCCAUUUCUCUCUGCAGGAUGGUCCCUGCGUGCCUCCUAGUCUCAAUGCUCCGACGAUUCUGUUGGACCCCACGGCAACGCUUAGUGACCAUCUAUUGCAUGCAGUUCUUUCUCUAUUGCAUCGAGAAGUAUCCGAUCAUGGCCGUCAUCUUCCACAUUACUUUUCGUUAUUCCACAUGUAUGCUUCGCUGGGUCUUGCCGAAAAGGCUCAGCUUCUGAAGCUUAACGUACCAGUAACCUUUAUGCUGGUUGCUAUUGACGAGGGCCCUGGACCUACGAUAAAAUACCAGUAUCCGGAACUUACAAAAUUGCAUCAAGUUGUCAGUAUGCUAAUCCGGUGCUGUGAUGUAUCUUCAAGAACGCAAUCGAGUCAUGCACAGACAGGGGUGCCACCAUUGCUCAAUCCUUAUGGGGAGCCUACGUGUCAACCUGACUACCUCAUGCCAAUUCAGCCCCAGGCGGCAGAGAUACUCUUUAUUCGAACUAGCUACAUGAAGAAGUUGAUAGAAGAUGCAAACGUUACCGAAGACACUGUCAAGCUCCUUCAGUACUGUUGUUGGGAAAAUCCACAUUUAUCCCGAACAGUUCUUAGUGAACUUCUAUGGCAGAUUGGAUUUGCUUACACGCACGAGCUCCGACAUCACACAGAUCUUCUACUAGCUAUGUUGCUCAUGGAGGAUUCUUGGCAAACGCAUCGUGUUCACAACGCACUCAAAGGAGUACCAGACGAGAGGGAAGGUUUGUUCGAGACUAUACAGCGAAGUAAGAGCCACUACCAAAAACGAGCGUAUCAGUGCAUCAAGUGUAUGGUACAACUCUUCAGUAAAUGUCGGCCGGCACAUCAGCUGCUUCACCAUAGUCCGGAUCUUCGACGCAAGUGGAUGCUGGCCAUCGAUUGGUUGCAAGACGAGCUGGAUAAGAGGCCGUAUACCUCAGCAGCACCAUAUACCCAUGCAUACAAUAAUUGGUCACCGCCAGCUCAGUCGAACGAGUCAACUAAUGGCUACUUCCUAGAGCGCAGCAACAGCGCUAAGAAGACUUUAGAGCGUGCCUACGAGUUGUGUCCCGAAGACGAGCAGGAAGCAGAGGACGCUAGUGAAGAGUGCGUAGAAGAAUCUGAAAAGUAUGAACAGCAACAAACUCACUUCAGAUUUAAUAAGCGUGGAUUAAAUGUACAGUGGAGAUCGAAAGAACGUUACGCUGUACAACCGGAUGGGACGAUAACACAACAGCUGCAGCAACAACAACAACAGCAGCAGCAGCAGCAGCAGCAGCAGCUGCCAAUACAGCAACCGCAGUUACAGGAUGAAUCACAACCUCAACAACUACAACAAGUACAACACGCUGGCCCAUCACCGGUGCACAGCCCGCAGCAUGUACAGCAACUACAACAAAACUGCGAGACUAAAUUCCGAUGCACCGAAGGUACCAAUCAGGACUCAUAAUGAACGGUGAAACUGAUUGAUCAACGUGCUGCGCCUUACGGAGAAUCGUCUACGAAAGCCGGUGUUGCAGCUUAGGAUCAUCACUUUGUGUAUGGAUAAACCAAAUCUAAGAUGAGAGUCUAUUUAUUCUCUCGCGACGACUGGAAUUGCUUUAUCUUACUGCGACACAAAGGAAGAAUAAGGAAAGUAAAGUAGUAAAAAAGACUCAAAGGAAAUGGAAAUAAGCGAUCAUUCGUUCGUCGGCAGCUUCGAAAGGAUACCAAUUAGAAUGGUUCGCCAUAAGGGACAGGUUAAGGUUAUGUAUUAUAUAAAUGUAUAGCAGUCGAGUUCCGAUACGUAAUCCGUCGGUACAUCGUGGAUUUUUUUCUUCGAGAAAUUCGUUUUCGUUAACUUCUAGUUAAAAAUUAAAGAAAAACUGGAAGGGACUACGAAGAGAGUAAGAAAACGUCGAAGGAAAACAAGGCGGCAUUUGAAAGUUACAGUACUGCAUACAAAAAAAUGGCUAAAGGAUGUAAUGGUAAGAGAGGUUGUAUAAAUGUAUAGCAGCUGUGUGCACGUGUUCCAACCCGUCGUUGCCUCAAAUUUCUCUAAGGAUUUUUAAUCAUGGUUCCCAUUGAUUGUCGACCUCGGAUAUCACGAAUCGGCAGUGUACUUAAUCGUCGAUCCGGAAAUCGCUUCCACGAGAGCUCCAUUAAGUCCAUAAAUAUCUUGAAUCGUUACCAUGAGAUUCCUUCGAGAAGUCGACUGCGGGUCAGAACUUUGUUGAGAGAAAUAAUAUUUCUAGAAAGGAUGAAGCAGCGAAAUAUUGAACAUAAAGAAUGAAGAUGACGCGAAUCAAACGAAAUGGAAUUAAGAAAAUCAAUGAUACAGCAAGAUGAGAAAUAAGUGAAAGAAUGAAAAAAAUAAAUCAAGAAUAUUAACACUGGAUUUGAUUUGAGACAAGAAAAAAAUAACCGAACAAACAGAAACCCAAAUAUUCAUACGUAACUCAGGCCCAAAUAAAGGAACGAGGGUAAAAGGAGGUAAAAGUGCUGAAACUGAAUAUAAAUAGAGAUCAAUGCCAUAACCUGUCACUUCAAUUUUCCGCCCUAUUUUAAAAUUUUCAUAAAAUGGCCGUUCGUCCGUUUUAUUAGACCCAUUCGAAGGUAAAAAUAAUGAAGUAUGAUUGAGGAAAUAGGGGAGAGAGAAAAAGAAAGCGGAAAGGGAAAGGAAGGGCAAGUGCAAAGAAUGGUAAAAAUUUAGAAAAUCAUAGAAACUAUCGGAGAAUCCAGCAGUGAUGACAAUGCAUCAUUCGAGUAAAAACAAUGCAAAAUUAAUGGAAAGUCCGUCAGUUAAUUGGAGGUUUUUAAUCGAGUAGUUUGUUUCAUUGUCAAGCUGGCUAAUUGAAUUCUCAGCGAUUGAUUAGUCGCUUAGACAACAAAUGCGCGCCCCCGCCCUACUCCCUAGAGACUCGUGACGAAAUAUGUACAUAUAGAACUGCUUUUUAUAUGUGAUGAAUACCAAGGAAAAUUAUUGUAUAUCAUAUAUUGUAUGACACAUCAAUCGAGUAUACGGGAGACUGCUAUUACCUAUUAUUCUCGGUUUAGCUUCGGCACUUUCACUUUAUAUUUUUAUCCAUUUCUUAAGAGAUUAUAUACUUUGCUCGUAUAAUCGCUAGAUCUAAUCCGAUUCAUUGUAAUUAAUUUUAUAUCUAUUUUCACCAUUAUCUCUGUUUUCUUCAUACUUUGGAGAGACAAUGUUUUUUUCUUUUCUUUCAUACGAAAAGUCUUAACUGAAAUCACUAUAAAUGAGGAGAGAAAAAUGAUGUGAAUUAAAAUGUUGUGAUUUCCAGUGUCAUUUUCACUUGUAGUCAUAACUUUUCUCUUCCUUUUCUUUCAAUAAAAAAAAAGUUUUCACUGGAAUAUUAUAAAGCAGGAAUACUGCAUGCAAGGUUUCUUUUUAACGAGGGAUUAACCAUUGCCAGUUUGGAUCAUCGUUGAUCCUAAAAGCAAAUACCUCAGAAUUUACUACUUGUCGAACUCGUAUUUUUCUUGCAACCAGCUUUCUAAAAAAAAAAUUAACGUCGAUGUAUCCUGCCGGACAGAAACAAUAUGUUGGUUCCAUGAAAAAUCGAUAAACUAUACAAAUUUUAAGUCUUCGGAAUACAUAUAUACGGACAAAGUAAAGAAGAUGGAUAAGGAUUUCGUGGUAUUGCAACAAAGUUAAAUUUAACGAAGGUGUAUCGGCAUAUGUGUAAAAGAGAUAACUUCUUUUCGUUACCAAUUCAAAACAAAGAAAUGACAGAAAAGCUUGCUUCGUAUCGAAACCGAGAAAAAUUGCCAGACACUCCGUUCGAGCUUUUAGCGCCUUUUUGAUAGUAUCGUUGAUAGUAGUUAUAUCAGUCGAUAAGAAAAGGACAAAAGAAAAUGCUCCAGGAUUUUAUUUGGAGACAUUAGCUCGUGGAGAUGAAUGGCGACCCGAGGCUACUUUUUAAAGUGUUCGAAACUCAACGGCGACGGAAAUGAGGAUAGAGCGAAAUUAAAAUGCCGCGAAUAAAGGGUGAAAGCGCCACUGCACUGUAGAAAAUCAAAUACAUGUACAUAAACGAUAUAAUAUGAGAAGAGGGGGAAGGAGGAAAAAGAGUAAGCUGAGAGAAGAAUUGAAAACGAAUAAGAGGAGAAGUAAGAAGAAAGCCUGAAGGAAAAAUGGGUGCAGAAGGGUUGAAACAUGGACUAUGAGUAAUAAAAAAUUAAUAUAAUACCUGAAUAUUGUAAUAAUAUUAUAAUACAAGCUUGAGUUCGCGUCGCACUGGAGCGAAGCGUGUUCGGCAUUUUUUAUUCGCGACCGCGUCGCCCUCUGGAUGCCAUUUUCUACUUAUUAAUUAAUACAAUGACGGGAGUUAUCUGUAAUACAUGAUUUUUAAAUUGCCACACUGUAGGAUCCACUCGAUUAUUUCCGUAAUCGAUCGGCUAUCGGUUCAUCAAUAUCAAUCAGCCGUUAUCAAUGGUGCCGAAGCGAUAGCACCGGAAAUACGAGUGACGUAGAACACUAUCGAAAAUCGCCAAACGCAUUCGAAUAAUUGCGAGUAUUUUCCUGUAAACCAGGAUCACUUCCGAAUGGUGUCGAACAACAAAUAGAUCCUCGUGUGACGUCGGUGGUCGCUGCUUUGCGAAAAGUGUCGAGUCUUUCGCUCGAUUUCACCGAAAAGUAACACAGACGGAAGAGCAAAUCCCGUCUGGCCAUUCUUUCCGUUUUUUCUUUUUUAAUUCGUGCUGUAAAUAUGAAGUCUGUUGUGUGAGUUGCCCUGUAUCGUGCGCCAGCCUGAAUUGUCGCAUACUAAUUUUCCUAAUUUUUUUUCUGAUACGUGCGGAGAUGAUUGUGGAUCUCCUUAGGCGAAACCUUUCAUUUGUGCUGUAUAUAACGAAUUUUGUUAUCGAAUCAAAUGAGCUGUAACGCCAUAAUAGGGAAUCCAAUUGUAUUGUCGCAUAUUAAUUUCGACUGUUACUUUAAUGGAUUGCGAUAAUUGACUAUUUAUGAGAUGCCUAUAAAUUUGCGAGACUAUUACUAUUAAACAUUGUUACUAUAAUAAUUAUUAUUAUUAUUCCACACUAAUUUUUACUCGUUUAACGUAUCGGGACAAUUGACUGUUUUUUAAACGCCCUAUACCGGAUCCUGAUUCUCCCUCAACUUACGAGACUGCAAUUAAAUAAUAAUUAUUAUUCCAUACUAAUUGCGACUAUUCAUUUUGACAGAUCGGGGGCAAGUCAUUAUUCCCGAUUCGUCCUGCAGUUUUCCAUCCCUAACGAUCUACUAAUUAACUUGCCUAUAAUUAAUCGAUUCAAAAUACUAUUAGUCCUGAGCCAUCCAUUACGCUGCCAUUAUUAGCAUUCUUACAAUUGUAUUAUUUCUAUUUCUAAUUUUAUUAUUAUUAUUGUUGUUGUUGUUAUUAUUUUUACGACCUGUAUUUUUAUUGCAUUACAAUUAUUAUAAUUAUAGUAAUUAUUAUCAUCCCGUACGAAAAUUAAUUUUAACAAAAGCGUAUGGGAUAAUAAUAAUAGUGUUAUAAUUAAUGGCUCGGGAUUAGUGAUGCUAGCAAAUAAAUUAAAUUUCAUAAUUCGUAGUAAAACCUAACCUAAUAAAAUGUCAUACGUUUUGGUUACUAUUGUUAAUCCGCCUUCGACCAUCGUUGGUCUAAACUUAUCGAUCACGUUACUAUAACUAUUGACCCACACUAAUGACCAGCUUCUACGCAAUGUGGGCUAAUAAUAAUAAUAAUACCAAAAAGUAAAGAUUGUAGAAGUAAUACAAAAUUUCCAACGCCUUGUACCGAUAGAACGGCGAAACGCGUUUCUUAUGCAAUUCAGUAAAAGGCCAUGGCGCAAUUAAUAUGCGAUACUAAUCGCAAGAAAGAAUCGCAAAGAAAAGUUGAACGAAGAGACAGAACUGGGGAUAAUGACAAAGUUAGAGUGAGAGAAAGAGGAAGAGCAAAGUCGUCUCUUUUUGUAAUAUUUAUUAAUAGCGCAUUUAUGUAUGCAUUUUAUUUGCCUGGAUAAACUCGUACGGCCGAACUCGCAAGCACGUCGAAAGCUUACCGUUGAGAUCAUCGUGCACAGACACACGCAUAUUCGGUGUCUUACGAAUUUCUCGAGAAAACGAUGCUUGCUUCGAGCCUCAUGAAAAGGCCGACGUUUCCGAAGCCCUUUCAAGCACACACGUAGAUCAAACAGCAAUCCAAUCUUCUCAAAAGGGGCAACGCUCGUUUUCAAACUUUUCAGAAAGUUCACGAAUGAGCUUGCGUUAAACUUUUCGAAGUGUCUCUCGCGAGUCUCCUAUCCUUACUUCUCUUCGUUUCGAGCCGACUCACGAGCUCUCUUAUUCCUCUGGGCUUUUCGAAAAGUUCGACGCGCGACGUCCUCUCCGUUGCGGCGCGGCCGGCCUCAUUAAGGUUUUCGCUCCUGAACCGGACACGAGACCUUAGCGUUUGUGUAUUAUUUCUAACGAAUGUAAUAAAAUGUUAAUUCGAUAUAUACUAGCAA